AUGUCUAUCGCAUUGUCAUACUCUGGUCUUCGAUGUGUUCUAGAGUUUUUGGAUCCCAUGAGAAGAAUUCACAUUGCCUCACGUAACCAUUCUCUUCGAACUAUUGAGAAGACAAUACCCUUGAGCAUAGUGGAACUUGGAAUGAACAGAUAUGGUUUAAAUCUAAAUGUCUACUUAAUAGAUAACUUCAACGACAACAAAUUGCGGUUCAGAAGUGGAUUUCGGAAGGAUUUAGAAAGAACUUUGUCAUUGAAUUUGAAGCCGGAAAAAGCAAUGAAAAAACUGCUCGAUUCAUAUUUGGGAAUUAGAUCAAAGAUAUACGUGAAUUGUUUAUUAUUUGUUUCUGCAAUUCCAGAAUUUGUACCACCAAAUAUCCUUCUUCAAAUCAACGAGUUUAGAUGUUCUGUUUGCUAUAGUGAACACCUCCUGCCAAUUAUAGAUCCAAGCAGUUUUCCUUUAAAAAAACUCCGUACUACAAUCGAUAAACCCGAUCAUUUGAAUCAUCCAGUUCUGACUUCUGCAAAGGAACUCAUAGUUUUACACGGAUUUGACGGACUCACACAAUUAAUUAAUCAAAACAACACAAACAAACAUGUGGCUUUUGAAAUAAAUACCUUCAGGCCUGAAGAUCUCUUGGUAUUGAUUAAAAACUGGAUGGAAAAUGGAAAAGAAAUAGGAACGGCUUUCAAAUUUCAUGAUUAUGGGAACAACCAGCGUACUAUGCAUUUUUUGUUGGAGGAUCUGAAAGAAUUUAAAAAUGAAAGAUUCAACUCCAGCUUAAACUGUCCACGUCUGAUAAUUCCUAUCAACACGACUGCCGAGAUACAUGUAUCUCAAGACAACGAGAAUUAUAUUGUCGUGGAAGUAGUUCCAACGACUUUGAAAAGAGAAAGUGAUGCUACUGGAGAGCCAUGA